AAGAACCUGUUUCACUUUUGUUUAGUUCCUGCGUUUCCAUGAUUUCUUAUGCUGAACAAUAGUUUAUUAAAAAAUAACCUAACAUAAUAAAAAUUAUUAUUUAUUAUUUAUAACUAUAUUUUAGAAUGGCUGAUAAAUAUUUGAGAAAUUUAUCAUCUGGUUCUGGUUCACCAAACUGUGAGAAGACCAUAUUGUUGGCCCACCCAUCCAUGUUCCAACUUGCCAGGAAGGUUAUUGAUGCUGCUAAAAGACAUCAGUGUAAUGAAGUGUUUGAGUUCAUUGAGGAUGGUGUCAAGUGGCGCUCAUUUAAAGACGGAUUCCCAGAUUUGUUCAUUGAAAAUGUUAAGAAUAUCAUGAAUAAAAAAGUGUUUAUCUUAGCAAGUUUCCAUAAUCCAGCUGUUAUAUUUGAACAACUAUCGCUAAUGUAUGCCAUUCCAAGAUACCUGGCAAAAUCGGUGACCAUCAUACUACCAUACUUUCCAACUGGAACCAUGGAAAGAGUAGAUCACGAGGGUCAGAUUGCUACGGCAAAGACAUUAGCAUCCUUGCUGUCAGCAAUCCCAUUGACUUCAUGUGGUCCGGCUCAAAUACUUCUCUUCGAUAUACACGCCCUACAAGAGAGGUUCUACUUCUCGGAGCAAGUCAUACCCAGGUUGGAAACAGCCGUGCCGCUCUUAACGAAGGAAAUCAUCCAACUACAAAAACUCGAACCUGUCGCCAUCGCCUUUCCAGACGAGGGAGCCGACAAGAGGUUCAGACCGUGGGUGGAGAGUCUCAGUUCUGUGUCCGUCGUCAUCUGCACCAAAGUUAGGCAGGGCGCUCAGAGGGUCGUCAAGAUUAAGGAAGGUGAGCCAGGACAGAAGCACGUUAUCAUUGUCGAUGAUCUCGUUCAAAGUGGAGGCACCAUCAUCGAAUGUACCAAGGUAUUGUUGGCGGAGGGAGCGCUGAAAGUCAGUGCAUUCGUAACCCACGCAGUUUUCCCUGGAGGAUCUUGGAAGCAAUUCAUAACAGCAGACGAGCCGGCUGUGAAGAUUGAAAAUUUCUGGAUCACCGACUCCAUUCCACACGCUAAUGAAAUAUCGAACAGUCCGCCAUUUAAAAUACUUUCCAUAAAUGACCUCAUCGUCGACAACUGUUUGCGAUGAUAUGGCGCUCACUUUUUUCUCAAUUUUUUAUUCAUAUUUUAUUUUGUUAAAAAUGUUUUUCUUUUUGCGUUUUCUUGCCUUAUUCUUUUCACUCUGUUGUAUUUUUAUUUAGUUUUGUUGUUGCAUCAUUAUUUUCUAUUUUUCAAUAAAUUACAUACUAGUAGUAGUAAUGCUAUUCUGGAAGUUAUCCAGAGAGCAUGCUGUCGGGCAUGCUGGCACAGCUGAUUCGUUGUUGUUCAUUUAACAAUCAAUGCCUGCUUAAAAUUUGUUCAUUGAUUGUGCCUCAACAAGUUCAUCUGGUAAUGAGUUCCAAGUAUUUGCGACUCUAUUGAAUAAGUAAUUCUCUCUGCCUCUAUGUCUUGUUAAUUCAUUGAAAUAUUUCAAACUGUGACCCUGUGUUUUGGUUUUGUUUUGACUAUGCUAAAACGAUUAUUUAAAUC